AAGUUAGUGGCGCUGCUGCGGUGCCGUGAGGGACGGAGACGGCUGGGCUCAGCGAGCGGCGGCGGCCCCGGAUCAGCGCGAUGCUCACGGACGGCACCGCCGCCCCCCUCGGCGACGAGGAGAUCGAUUCGGUCGCUCCCCGCGCGCCGCCCGCCGCCGCCGUCGCCGCCGAGCCGCCCGCCGCGGCCGGGCCCUCCCCGCUGGGGCUGCGGGCCGUGCGCCUCUUCGGGGAGGCCGGGCCCGGCGGGCCGGGAGGCCCCGGAGCGCCCGCGGCCGCCGAGGCCGCCCUCGACUUCAAGCUGGCGGCCGCCGUGCUGCGCAGCGGGGGCGGCGGCGGCGGCGGCGGCGGCGGCUCCGGCAGCGACGAGGACGAGGUGUCCGAGGUUGAAUCGUUUAUUUUGGACCAAGAAGAUCUUGAUAACCCAGUACUUAAAACCACAUCGGAGUUGUUCUUAUCGAGUGCUGCAGAAGGUGCAGACUUGAGAACUGUGGAUCCAGAAACACAAGCAAGACUAGAAGCCUUACUGGAGGCAGCAGGAAUUGGUAAAUUGUCCACUGCCGAUGGUAAAGCCUUCGCAGAUCCUGAGGUUCUCCGAAGACUGACGUCUUCUGUCAGCUGUGCACUGGAUGAAGCUGCUGCUGCAUUGACACGGAUGAGGGCAGAGAACAAUCACAAUGCAGGACAAGUGGACAAUCGCAGUUUGGCAGAAGCAUGCUCAGAUGGGGAUGUAAAUGCUGUCCGGAAGCUGCUGGAUGAAGGAAGAAGCGUAAAUGAACAUACUGAAGAAGGGGAGAGUCUCCUUUGCUUGGCCUGUUCAGCUGGAUACUAUGAAUUGGCACAAGUGCUACUAGCAAUGCAUGCAAAUGUUGAAGAUCGAGGGAAUAAAGGAGACAUAACUCCCUUAAUGGCAGCUGCCAGUGGAGGCUAUGUAGAUAUUGUUAAACUUCUCCUUGUUCAUUGUGCAGAUGUCAAUGCUCAGUCUUCAACAGGAAACACAGCGCUCACUUAUGCUUGUGCUGGGGGCUUUGUUGACAUAGUGAAGGUGCUAUUGAAAGCAGGUGCUAACAUUGAAGACCACAAUGAGAAUGGGCAUACCCCCUUAAUGGAAGCAGCCAGUGCAGGUCAUGUUGAGGUUGCAAGAGUAUUGCUGGAAUACGGUGCAGGAAUCAAUACUCACUCCAACGAGUUCAAAGAAAGUGCACUUACACUUGCAUGCUACAAAGGCCAUUUAGAUAUGGUUCGUUUUUUGCUUGAAGCUGGAGCUGAUCAAGAACAUAAAACAGAUGAGAUGCACACAGCGUUAAUGGAGGCCUGCAUGGAUGGACAUGUGGAAGUAGCACGCUUGCUUUUAGACAGUGGUGCUCAAGUGAAUAUGCCUGCAGAUUCAUUUGAAUCUCCCCUCACCCUGGCUGCUUGUGGUGGACAUGUAGAGUUAGCAGCUCUCCUGAUAGAAAGGGGAGCUAACCUGGAGGAAGUUAAUGAUGAAGGUUAUACUCCUCUCAUGGAAGCUGCACGCGAAGGUCAUGAAGAGAUGGUGGCCUUGUUACUGGCACAAGGGGCAAAUAUAAAUGCACAGACAGAAGAAACACAGGAGACAGCUCUUACUCUGGCAUGUUGUGGAGGGUUUUCUGAAGUGGCUGACUUCCUUAUUAAAGCAGGGGCUGAUAUAGAACUUGGUUGCUCAACACCUUUGAUGGAAGCUGCUCAAGAGGGUCAUCUUGAAUUGGUGAAAUACUUGCUAGCAGCAGGGGCUAAUGUUCAUGCCACCACAGCGACAGGAGAUACAGCUUUGACCUAUGCCUGUGAAAAUGGACAUACUGAUGUUGCAGAUGUGUUGCUUCAAGCUGGUGCUGAUUUGGAGCAUGAAUCUGAGGGGGGAAGAACUCCACUAAUGAAGGCUGCACGGGCUGGUCAUUUAUGUACUGUGCAAUUCCUUAUUAGCAAAGGUGCCAACGUUAAUAGGGCUACAGCUAAUAAUGACCACACAGUGGUGUCUCUGGCAUGUGCAGGAGGCCACUUGGCAGUUGUUGAGCUCCUUCUGGCUCAUGGUGCAGAUCCUACUCAUCGACUCAAGGAUGGCUCAACAAUGCUCAUUGAAGCUGCCAAAGGAGGACAUACAAAUGUUGUUUCUUACUUGCUGGAUUACCCAAACAAUGUUUUGUCAGUUCCUGCAGCAGACUUGUCCCAGCUCACACCUCCAUCUCAGGAUCAGUCUCAGGUUCCUCGUGUACCAGUGCAUACACUUGCUAUGGUUGUACCUCCCCAGGAACCUGACAGAACCCCUCAAGAGAACUCGCCACCUCUCGUGGGAGUGGUGAAAGGUGCAUCCAAGCAGAAGUCAAGUUCCCUGCAGGUAGCAGAUAAGGACCUACUGCCACCUUUUCACCCAUACCAGCCUUUGGAAUGCAUAGUAGAAGAGACUGAAGGCAAGCUGAAUGAACUUGGACAGAGAAUUAGUGCUAUUGAAAAAGCACAACUUAAAUCAUUGGAAUUAAUUCAAGGUGAACCUUUAAAUAAAGAUAAGAUUGAAGAACUUAAAAAGAACAGAGAAGAACAAGUACAGAAGAAGAAGAAAAUAUUGAAGGAGCUACAGAAGGUGGAAAGGCAGUUGCAGAUGAAAACACAACAGCAGUUUACCAAAGAAUAUUUGGAGACCAAAGGUCAGACAGACACACCACUUCCCCUGCAGCAGCAGUGCCCACUUACAGGGGUCUUCCCAGAAGUGGAAGCUGAUAAGGGUCUGCCAGAGGAUAACUUUUCAGGGUUACCUCAGGUUGACACAAUUUUGUCAAAAGAUGAUGAGCAACAACAGUCACCACCACCUGCUGAACAAAUAGAUUUUGUCCCUAUCCAGCCUUUGCCAGCACUGCAAUGUAAUUUUUCUGGUAAUUUAGGCUAUAAUGGGACAGAGUCUCUUGAACUUCAGAAAGCAAUAGGUAAUCAGCAGAAUAUAGGACAGCAGCAGCAAAUUGCUGGGCAGGGACUGUUAGUUCAAGAACCAGACGGAUUAAUGGUUGCCACUCCAGCACAGACGCUUACCGACACUCUUGAUGACCUAAUAGCAGCUGUGAAUAGCAGAGUACCCAGUGGCUCCACCAGCUCCUUGCACACUACGGAAUCCCCUACACCUGAACCCUGCUCACAGACAUCAAGUAACGUGGCGUCACAGUCAGUGCUCCCUAUGUAUCCUUCAGUUGACAUUGAUGCUCAUACUGAAAGCAAUCACGACACUGCUCUGACCCUUGCAUGUGCGGGAGGUCAUGAAGAACUUGUUUCUGUACUAAUUGCACGUGGUGCCAAUAUUGAACACAGAGACAAGAAGGGUUUUACACCUUUGAUCCUGGCUGCAACAGCUGGACAUGUUGGUGUAGUGGAAAUCCUUUUAGAUAAAGGUGGCGAUAUAGAAGCACAAUCUGAGCGCACAAAGGAUACUCCGCUUUCAUUGGCAUGCUCUGGUGGACGCCAGGAGGUUGUUGAUUUGCUGUUGGCAAGGGGAGCAAAUAAAGAGCAUAGGAAUGUGUCUGAUUAUACACCAUUAAGCCUUGCUGCAUCUGGUGGAUAUGUUAAUAUCAUCAAGAUUCUUCUCAGUGCUGGGGCAGAAAUUAAUUCAAGGACUGGGAGUAAACUAGGUAUUUCUCCUCUGAUGUUGGCUGCUAUGAAUGGCCAUGUACCUGCCGUGAAGCUGUUGCUUGAUAUGGGUUCUGAUAUUAAUGCUCAGAUUGAGACCAAUCGCAAUACAGCCCUCACCCUGGCCUGCUUCCAAGGCCGAGCAGAGGUGGUCAGUCUGCUUUUGGACAGGAAGGCCAAUGUUGAGCAUAGGGCAAAGACUGGUCUCACACCUCUGAUGGAAGCUGCUUCAGGAGGAUAUGCAGAGGUUGGAAGGGUUCUCCUUGAUAAGGGAGCAGAUGUUAAUGCUCCACCUGUGCCUUCCUCAAGAGAUACAGCUUUAACAAUUGCAGCAGAUAAGGGUCACUACAAGUUCUGUGAGCUGUUGAUUAAUCGGGGAGCGCAUAUUGAUGUUCGUAACAAGAAAGGAAACACACCCCUUUGGUUGGCUGCUAAUGGUGGUCACUAUGAUGUAGUUCAGUUGCUUGUGCAAGCAGGAGCAGAUGUGGAUGCAGCAGAUAAUCGGAAAAUAACACCUCUUAUGUCAGCAUUUCGCAAGGGGCAUGUGAAAGUAGUUCAGUUCCUAGUGAAAGAAGUUAACCAGUUUCCAUCGGACAUUGAAUGUAUGCGAUAUAUAGCAACAAUAACUGACAAGGACCUGUUGAAAAAGUGUCACCAGUGUGUGGAGACAAUUGUGAAAGCUAAAGACCAGCAGGCUGCAGAAGCGAAUAAGAAUGCGACUAUAUUGCUGAAGGAGCUAGACCUGGAAAAAUCAAGAGAAGAAAGCAGAAAACAAGCCCUUGCCGCUAAAAGAGAGAAGAGAAAGGAAAAGAGAAAGAAGAAGAAAGAGGAACAAAAGAGAAAACAAGAAGAAGAUGAAGAAAACAAACCUAAAGAAACUCUAGAACUUCAAGAAGAUGAUGAUGAAGAAGAAAAUGAUGAUGAAGUGGAGCAAGAAGUUCCUAUAGAGCCUCCUAGUGCAACUACUACGACUACAAUUGGAAUUUCUGCAACUUCAGCUACUUUCACAAAUGCCUUUGGGAAAAAGAGAGCUAAUGUGGUGACUACUCCCAGCACAAAUAGAAAAAAUAAGAAAAAUAAAACAAAAGAGACUCCUCAGAAUAUGCAGAUUAUUUUGCCAGAUCAGCAUAUAUCUCUAGCACAGCAAAAAGCAGAUAAAAAUAAAAUAAAUGGAGAGCCAAGAGGUGGUGGUGCAAGUGGGAAUAGUGAUUCAGACAAUUUGGAUAGCACAGAUUGCAAUAGUGAAAGUAGCAGUGGAGGUAAAAGCCAGGAGUUGAACUUCACAAUGGAUACAAAUUCGUCUGAGCGGCGCUAUGCCUCGUUGCUUAUCCCUUCUCAGGAAGAAAAAACGAGUGCUUCAGCUUCAAAAACACCAACAAGGAGGGAAGACGUUGAUGACUCUGAGCAUUUCACCUGUCAGGUUGAUGGCCAGUUUGACUUAACCUUGUCGAGCCAGAGACUUGAUGGUGAAGGUAAUUCAAAUUCUUUGUCAACUACUUACAAGCCUGUUUCCCUGCCUCUGAGCUCUCCAAGUGUAAAGCUGAAUCUGACUAGUCCAAAAAGAGGCCAGAAAAGAGAAGAAGGCUGGAAAGAAGUGGUUAGAAGGCAAGUAGGCAGAGUUUUGAAAGACCCUCCCCCUAGCAACACUCUGCAGCCAACGCCAAUUGAGCAAUUUCAGCUGCAGAGAGGAGGGCGCUGCUGUUCAGGAGCAAAAAGGUCAAAGAAAUUAUCUGUCCCAGCUUCGGUCGUAUCUAGAAUAAUGGGGAGAGGUGGAUGCAACAUUACAGCAAUUCAAGAUGUCACUGGUGCCCAUAUUGAUGUUGAUAAACAAAAAGAUAAGAAUGGAGAGAGAAUGAUUACUAUAAGGGGUGGUACUGAGUCAACGCGAUAUGCAGUGCAACUCAUCAAUGCCCUUAUUCAAGAUCCUGCUAAGGAACUGGAAGACUUGAUUCCUAAAACUCAUAUAAGAACACCUGCUUCAAGUACCAAAUCAAUCCAUGCAAACUUCUCAUCUGGAGUUAGUACUGCAUCUGCUUCAAACAAAAACUCCUUUCCUCUUGGAGCACCACCUCUCGUUACAUCACAGUCAUCAACACUGUCUACUUUCCAGCCUACGAACAAAUUAAACAAGAAUGUCCCAGCGAAUGUGCGCUCAUCUUUUCCAGUGUCUCUUCCUCUAGCUUAUUCUCAUCCACAUUUUGCCUUGCUGGCUGCCCAAACUAUGCAACAGAUCCGGCACCCUCGCUUACCUAUGGCCCAAUUUGGAGGAACAUUUUCACCUUCACCAAACACUUGGGGACCAUUCCCAGUGAGACCAGUUAACCCUGGCAGCACAAACAGCUCUCCUAAGCAUAAUAGUUCAAAUCGUGUAGGUAGUCAGAAUGGAAAUAUUUUACAGACAGAGUCUCCUGGAUUAGCUACUUCUAGUUGUCCCAUUACUGUCUCUUCAGUAGUUGCUUCCACCCAACCGCUAUGUGUAACAAGUAAUCGGACUCCCUCUUCAGUCAGAAAGCAGUUGUUUGCCUGUGUUCCUAAGACGAGUGCUGCAGCAACAGCAAUCUCAACCGUGACAAGCACAUGUAGCGCUCUGCCUUCGGCCUCCUCUGCACCCCCAAACAAUGGGCAAGUUCCUGCAGCGUUUCUGCCUUCUAAUGCUCCACAAACACAGCAUUCUGCACUUAAAGUGGACUCUUUCUCAGCUGUCUCAGCACCCAAAGAGAAGGUGUCAACACCAGAUCAGCCUGUUGGAAAUGUGUGCGUGCCAUCUUCAGUUGCAAGUAGUUCCAGUAUGUCAACUAGCAGCAAUUCGGGAGUCACCGAAGCUCACCCAUCCAGCAGCCCCACGCCGCAAAGUAACGCCCAAGAUGAAAUACUACCAGCCAGCGUGUCGGAGAUCGGUCCUUCGAUGUCGAUGCCUUUUUCUUCCAGCUCAGAACCCUCUCCUUUAAGCUUAGCGUCACCCAGGUCAGUUGUUGCAGAUAAUCAGGACAACAGUAACUUACCUCAAGUAGCUGUACCAGCACCUCGAGUUACUCACAGGAUGCAGUCCAGAGGUUCUUUCUAUUCAGUGGUACCAAAUGCAAACCUACAUCAAGAUCCUCAGUCUAUUUUUGUUACAAAUCAAGUUCCCAUAACACCUUCUCAAGGUCCACCUGCUGCGGUGCAGCUUUCGUCAGCCAUGAACGUUAUGAAUGGUUCUCAGAUGCACAUUAACUCAGCAAAUAAAUCAUUGCCUCCUGCCUUUGGGCCAGCAACGCUCUUCAAUCACUUCAGUAGUCUUUUUGAUAGCAACCAGGUGCCCUCUAACCAAGGAUGGGGAGACUGUCCCCUGUCUACCCGAGCAGCAGCUGACCCAUCUUUCACUGUUCAGUCUACCUUUCUGAAUAACUCUGUGCUAGGACAUGUGGAAAACAUGCAUCCUGAUAACUCCAAGGCUCCUGGUUUCAGGCCACCUUCCCAGCGGGUUUCUACCAGCCCUGUAGGCUUACCCUCUCUAGAUCCAUCCAACAGCUCUACAACUUCUUCUUCAGGUCCUUUGACAGGCUUUUCAGCAAACAUGCAAGGAGCACGGGUUUACCUUCAAGGGCCAGCGCCUGUUGGGACUCCCAGCUUUAACAGACAGCAUUUUUCACCACAUCCUUGGACAAGCGCAACAAAUUCAUGUAGGAACUUCAUGGCAGGUGAAUCUCCAAUUCCAUCAGUUUCCUCAGGAUCGUCUUCGCCCCUUUCAGCUGCUUCUGCACCUUCUAACUUGGGCCAGCCAAAAACGGGUAACACAAAUCAAGAUCGAAAGGUACCCCCUCCCAUUGGGACAGAAAGACUUGCUAGAAUUCGACAGGGAGGAUCUGUCACGCCUACGCCCUUAGGAACCAACUUUACAGCUCCUGUUGGUCAUAGCGGUAUUUGGUCGUUCGGAGUUAACAGCGUAUCUGAAGGCUUGUCAGGUUGGUCUCAGCCUGUAAUGGGAAAUCAUCCAAUGCAUCAGCAAUUGUCAGAUCCAGGCACCUUUUCUCAGCAUCAGCCAAUGGAGAGAGAUGAUUCUGGAAUAGUGGCACCCUCAAACAUUUUCCACCAACCUAUGCCAAAUAGUUUUGUGGAUUUUUCUAAAGGCCUACCAAUUUCCAUGUAUGGUGGCACUCUAAUACCGUCACACCCUCAGCUAGCAGAUGGUCCAGGAGGCCCACUCUUUAACGGGCUUCAUACUCCAGAUCCGGCCUGGAAUCCCAUGAUCAAAGUAGUCCAAAAUUCAACAGAAUGUACUGAUGCUCAGCAGAUUUGGCCUGGCACCUGGGCACCUCACAUUGGAAACAUGCAUCUCAAGUACCCACAUCAUCUACGUCCGCAAGUUCCUGCUGGAGUGCAAGAAUUCGCCCGCGGCCAGGACUCUUCCCUGCUGCCUGCCCCAGAUCCCCGGUGUCACCUCCCUGGCCCCGUGCAGCCUCGUCAAGCUGGGGGAGCUCAAGGAGCAGAAUGAGAGUGAAGAAGCCAUGCCAGAUCAAGACCAGUGUGAGAUGGGACAUCUGACUUUCCAGCUUCCGCUCUCUGGGCCGUGGCUGGGCCUGUUCCUGGGCCUCGUGGAGGUGCUGGCACCGUGACCAGCUGGCUGCAGUCCUCUCUGAUGCUGGGGAUGGAUAUGACACCUCAGGCUCUAGCACAACUGGCUGGUGCAGCUGCCUAGGAGCUCAUGCUUGAUUAAUAAACACCCUGAAAUCCC